AUGGAAAAAUUUAGUUUUCCAAUAGUACUUCAAUUAUGGAGUUAGAUGUUGCUACACUCAAUAUCACUGAAUUGGUUGCGUAUAACACAAGUUAUGCGUAUGACAUGGCCUACCAUAAUAAAUACCUUUAUUUCCAAUUACGAAGAUCGGACUACAAUGCUAUUACGCGGUGGAUGUAUAUAGUUGAACGCAGUUUUGGAAUACUGAAGUUUAGAUUCGAUCUGUCUGAAAUUCAAUCGAUCGUUAACUUCACAGUCGCACCUGUUUAUUGCAUGGAUAUAGAAGCUGAAGAAAAAAAGCUGUAUUGGAUCAAUUACGAUGGUGACAUGAAAGCACCCAACAACAAUGGCUCUGAUGUUAAAAUAAUUCUUUCAACAAAUGUUCGUAGAAGCUACAAUGGUAUCAGUGUAUCUGGUACUUACUUAUACUUACCGAAAAACAAUAAGCUUUUCAUGGUAUUUAACACAUAA